AUGACCAUUACCAAGUCCAUUAAUGCUUUUCUUUUCUUUCUCCCUUUCUGGUCCACUGCAGCUCCAAUCCCAGAUGAUGUCUCAAAUCCAGCCUUCAGCGUCAUGGCAAUCCACUCAGCAUCACCAAUUCACUACAUGCAAAUGAAUGCGCAAGGCCUCAAGCUCUGGCUGGGUGGUCAGACCUCAUCAUACUGUCCUGACAUGAUAACCGAUUGUCCAGCGGGUACCAGAACUGUGUUCUCCCCUGGUGGCAACUCACUGUGCACUGAUAGAAAACAGGAUGUCGAGGUCCCUGGAGGCCAACAGGUCUAUGUUACUUCAUCUGGUGCUCUGAGCUUCACACAGGCCCAUUCUGCUUCGAUCCCAGAAGGAUCUCACAUUGGAGGGUUCGCUUAUGAGCCUGGCAAGCCUUGGGCUCAUUAUGUGUACAACGGAUGGAAUACUACUGGUUUGAUGGCCUGUCCUACUGAGGAUAAACGCUGGCAGGUAUUCUCUGCUGCGCAGAACGCUACUGUGCCCCUGGGUAAUGUCAAUGAUUGUCUUAGUUUCUCGACUAUUGCUUUGACAUAUGAUGGUGUUGUGCCAGCUUGGCAGUAUAUUUAG